CUUGGUACGCCGGGCAGUCCUCCACACGACUGACUCCGGCACUGUUAGUGCAGUGCUCCGCGAGCGGCGCACCGGGGACCCUCGACCUCGCAGCUGCUAGCAGUGCAUCGGCAGAAGCAGAUCAAAAUGACACGUCUAACCUAUGCUCUGACGGACAAUCCCACAUACUUGGAGCGGCUCCUACAAUAUUCAGCAGUGUGCUCUGUCCCAUGAGAGAAGAAGCGUCCUCACCUGAGCACCCUCGAGUGCAGGACUGGCCUUUCAUGGGCACCCCAGCAUGGCCACUCAUGACCACCGCCACCUACCUCUACGUCGUGCUGUGGUGGGGGCCGCGAUUCAUGAAGUCGCGUCCAGCCUACUCCUUCAAGACCUUCAUUUACCUCUACAACUUUUCCCAGGUCGUCAUCAACGCCAUCAUGUUCCAUGUGGUUCUAACCAGUGGCUGGACAACCACCUACACACUUGGAUGCCAGCUACCAGAUUGGUCGGACAGUCGGGAGGCCAUGAGGAUGGCGUCAGCGAUGUGGUGGUGGUUUCUGAUCAAGAAGGUCGAACUGAUUGAAACGGUUUUGUACGUCCUGAGGAAGAAGGACCGACAGGUGUCCUUCUUACACAUCUAUCAUCACGUUUCUACAUUCCUGAUCACAUGGACAGCCGCACGGUUCUGCCCGGGCGGCUCGGUCACUUUUUCUGUGCUGCCGAACUCCCUCGUGCACGUCAUCAUGUACUCCUAUUUCCUUCUAUCCGCCAUCGAUAAUGUGGCGUUAAAGAAGGUUCUAUCCAGAGUCAAGAAGUACCUGACCACAUUACAACUAGUCCAGCUGACCAUCAUCAUGUUGCAUGCGGCGCAGGGAUUUAGCGGGACGUGCCAUGCCGCGCCGAAGCCGCUGAUGUACUCCUUUGUUCCGAACAUGUUGCUCCUCAUCUACCUCUUCUUCAACUUCUACCGCGCCAACUACAAGCCAAAGAGUGUCUCUUCUUCUUCAUACUCGUCAGAACAUCACGGAAAAAAGAUCAAAUAGUUCCUACGGUCCCCUGGGCUGCUUCACGCUGCAGUGAGUCCGGCCGGAAAACUUGACUAGCACUUUGGUUACCGAGAGUCAACUUGAAUCAAGCAUCAGGCAUGUCGAAGAUAUGAAGGCAGUCUUAAACAUUGAUUCUGGAAAACAAAAAAUAAAAACAAAAGUUGAAUCUUCUUA